AUGGGAUUCGAAUUCCGUGUUCUCAUGGUGGUGAUGGUGGCCACGGUUGUAUGCCUUCCCACAGUCACGUUUGCUGUCCAUGGAACUGCCACCUUCUAUACACCUCCAUAUGUUCCUUCGUCAUGCUACGGAUACAAGAACGAUGGGGUGAUGAUAGCUGCAGCGAGCGAUGCCAUUUGGGAUAAAAGAGCAGCUUGUGGAAGAAUGUAUAGAGUGAAAUGCAUUGGUGCCACUAACCAAGGUAUACCACAACCUUGCAAGGGUACCAGCGUUGUCGUGAAGAUCGUCGACUACUGCCCUCCUGGAUGCCAUGGAACUAUAGAUCUCUCCAAGGAAGCCUUUGCUAAAAUUGCUAAUACUGAUGCUGGUAAAAUCAAGAUCGAGUAUACUAGGUAA